ACGUGUAUAUUGGUUGCUACUAUGAUGAUAUGCUGUCUGGUCCUAAGGAUAUACAUCCAUUUGAUACGACUGUCAACAAAUGUCUGGAGGUUUGCAAUACGAAUGGUUAUGUAUAUGCUGGCAUACAGUUUGUUAGGUGUGUUUGUGGAAAAGAAGAUGAACUUGAUUCCUCGUUGAAAGUAGAAGAUUCACGAUGUGAUAAACGUUGUAACGACAACUCACAAAGUAGAUGUGGUGGUCCAUUGAUUAUGGCCGUAUAUCAUAUACUGGGCGUCAAUUCAACAGAGAAAGAAACCGUGUCAUCGGAUGAGGUUGGUUAUUCCACGGAAACAACAGAAUUAUAUACUAGUAGUACAAAGUCCUAUUUAGAAGCAAACUACUGUUCUUGUCCCUGUAAGACGACGGUAUCUAAAUGGGAUAUCCUUCUUAACUCUAAUAUUUCAAAAGGAAAAGUACUUGAGUUAAUAGAAAAGGAAGUUGAACAAAUUCAAAAAGAAAUUGCUGUCGACAAAAAGGCUAUAAGUUCAUACAUUAGACGUAAAUCUAGCGCUACAGACAACAGACCGACGUCAGUGACCGUUGGCAUACUAGCAGUAACAAUUAUUGUUUUGGUAUUCAUGGUUUUUAUUUGUAUAGAUUGCCUUUCUAUUUACCAGAAAUGCACAAAUUAAAAAGAAAUUAUUGUCAUCUUGAAAUAUGUACUUAUUCUUAUACUCUAA